AUGUCCGCCAAAGAUUAUCUCAGGGGCAUGAAGACGGUUUUUGCAAAGAGCAGUGAGAAGUGCCUGGCCAUGAACGUCUUUGCGCUGGACGAGCUUCGGGCAGAGGCCUAUGGCGACUGGGGCAGAGAUGCCGGGGCGGCAGUGCAAGCAGCUUUCAAGGCCGCCGCCCCCGUGCUACUCUGUGACCUUCCGCAGGAAUGGACGUUCAGCAAGAUCAUUCCCAUCUACAACGACGCAUGGGUUCGCAGCAGGCAGAAGCGGCUGGAGUUCUUGAGCGACCUUCCCACGGCCACGCGCUUCCAAGAGGCUGAGGAGGCCAUCAUCCGCGAGGCGGUGCUGGCCGGCCACGGAGGAGAUCUUUCCUCUCUGGACUAUGGUCUCGGUCUCUGUCGUCCUGCGACUGGGCUGGCGGAGGCUGACACGCGGCGUCUCUUCUUAGAAGAGCGUGACUCUGCCAUGGCACGAGCCGUUUGCGAGGCCUUAGAGGGCAGAUCGCAGCGUGUCCUGGGCGAGUCCAGAGAAGAGACCUUAAAGGAGGGCUCCAGUGCGGUGCUUCAGGUUGGCUGCUGCCACGUAGAAGGAAUCGUUGGUGAGAUGCAAGCGCACGGCUACGAGGUCGUUGGUGCCCCGUCCCAGGGGUGGCCGAGAAGAAAGGUGGCGACUUCAAAGAGAAAGUCCAACUCAAAAAAGUCCAAGACACUGGGAGCUCGAGGAUUCGCAUAG